AUGCUGCCCUCUAAGUUCCCACAAAUCCAACCAGGCGGCUCCUUGAUCGUCGCAUGGCAAGUCAAGAACAAGCACAUCCUAGUGGUUGGCGGCGGUGAGGUAGCUGCCGGCCGCAUAGUGCAUGCGCUCAACGCCGAUGCAAAGGUAACCGUUAUCAGCCCGUCCUCAGGCCUCAACGACGAAGUCUCCUACCGCGUCGCCUCGAAACAAGUCUCCCAUGUUGACCGCAAAUUCGAGCCGCGCGACCUCGACAUCGCCGGUGAUAGCGGAGUAGGGGUGGUAGACAUGGUGUUCGUUGCCAUCGAUGACCCAGAGGAGUCAACGCAGAUCUGGAAGCUAUGCAAGCAGCGCCGGAUUCCAGCGAAUAUAGCUGAUGUGCCAUCAGAGUGUGAUUUCUACUUUGGAAGUGUGCACCGCGAUGGGCCCUUGCAGAUCAUGGUGAGUACGAAUGGGAAUGGGCCGAAGUUGGCCAGUAUGGUUCGGAAGGAAAUUGCGAGCACGUUGCCCGGAAACACUGGGGCGGCGAUUGAGAACGUGGGCAGCUUGAGGAGGAGACUUAGAGAAAUCGCUUCUUCGCAUCAUGAUGGACCCAAGAGAAUGAAAUGGAUAUCUCGGAUAUGCGACAUGUGGAGCUUGGAAGAGCUUGUGGAGAUGGAUGAGGAUGAUAUCGAGACCCUCCUUGGUUACUAUCUCUCCGACAAGGUGCCGACAUUCGAACAAGUGCGUCUGGGAGAAGACGCAGACUGGAUUGGUUUUGACGGAAGUAUGGGCUUUAGCUGUUGA